UCUUGUGUCACUCGACAGAUGCCCCAUAAUCGGAACCUGCCCCGGGCCAAGGUACGCCAGCCCGUUGAUCGGCAUAUUGGGAAUGAUCAGCAGAUGCACCGGCGCUUUGGGAGCAAUGUCGCGCACCACGAAGCACCGCUGGUCCCGAUAGAUCACGUCAGGAUGCAGCGGGUCGCGGGACAUUGCCAUGAAUGGCGAGCUGCGGGCAGGUGUCAUCGUCAUCUGUAUCUCCUUGGUGUUGUCCGCGGUCAUUUCGAGUCAACUGUCAUGCGAGCGGCAGCGUGCAUCUUGUUCCGCAUCCUUCGACAAGCUCAGGAUGAGCGCAUCGCACUCACC